AUGGAUGUGGUGCGAGCCGUCAAGUCGGCUGUGUUCUACGCCUGCCGCAAGGUCAAAGGCCUCAAGGGCGUUGUGCUCGACGAUGCCAUGUUUGAUACAGUGUGCAUGAGCAUGGGGUGGAAGCGGCAGCCCCUGCAAGAGAUGGAGGUGUUCCAGUUGGAUCGAGUCUCCUCACAACGAGAGCUGAUGCCAGAGGUCGCGUGCAUCAUGAUCCUUCGACCAACGCAGGAAAACUUGGACUUCUUGCGCGCAGAGCUGUCAGAUCCAAAGUACCGCGAAUACAACAUCUUCUUCUCCAAUGUUGUCACGGAGGAUCAGCUGAAGGACCUCGCCAUGGCCGAUGCACACAAUCUUGUCAACGAGGUUGAAGAGCUGUACAUUGACUUUUGGCCGCACGACUCGCACCUCUUCACCACCAACACCCUGGGCUGCCUCAGCUCCCGACACAUGAUCAAGGGCAGUGCCAUGCAGUCGAUGACAUCGGGGCUCUACAGCGUCGUGCAGUCCCUCAAGCUCAACCCAGUCAUCAGGUACCAGGGCGGGUCCAGUGCGUGUGAGGCCGUGGCUCAGCGGUUGAGUGCAAUUCUCGGUGGUGGUGGACGUCCGGACCAGCAAUCCGUUGUCCUCAUUGUCGACAGGCGCGCAGACCCAAUCACCCCGCUCCUCCUGCCCUGGACGUACGGUGCGAUGGUGCACGACUUCUUUGGGCUCGUCAAGAAUCAAGUGGACCGCUCCCGUCUCAAGGACAAGCAGCUUGACGAGCCAAACUUCUCUCCAGCACACGAUCACCUCCUCCGCGGCUGCCACAACAGCUUCUUCGCACAGCUAUUUGACUCAGCCAAGCGGUUUGCAAAGAUUGUCGAUGAAUACCAGCAGCUCAAUGAUCGCAUCAAGACUCUCAGCCUUCAAGAUAUGGCGGGGCUGGUGAACGAGCUGCCGAAGCUGAAGGCCCAACGUGACGUCGCCGCACUGCACUUCAAGUUGGCCGGGGAGCUGCGACGGGUCAUCAACGAAUAUCACCUCCACGAUUCCGACGAAGACAGCAUCUUCCACGCACAGCUCGACAUGCUCUCAAACAGACGCAAGGCGGCUGCUCUCAAGGCGCUGCGCGCGAUUAUGGACGACCGCCGGUUCCGGAAAUCAGAGAAGUUGAGGCUUGUGCUGCUGUUUGUGCUGCGAUACGAGAAGGACAAGCUGCCCAUGGACGAAGUGACGGAUUUGCUGUUUGAGGGGCGAUGCACAGAGCGGCAACGCCGGCUGCCACGACUGCUGCUCCCGUACGCCGGCCGCGCCUCCGAUGGCCGCACAUCACACGACAUCUUCAAGUUGGCAGCGCAGCCCACUGCGGCCAACGAGGAGGAGACGCAAUUCAGCAUCUGCGAACACACCCCGCUGCUGGCACACACACUCGACGCAUUGAUCAAGGGCGCAUUGAGCGGAAGCGACUACCCAGCUGUCAACGACAGCGACACACGAACACCGUCAGUUGAAGAGGAGGAGACGGUCACCUGA